GCUUUGCAGCAGACGGAGGGAGAAGGCAGGCAGCAUCAUGGCGGACAGAGACAGUGGAAGUGAGCAGGGAGGAGCAGCUCCGGGCCCAGGCUUCGGCUCCAUGCACCUAGCGACAGGAGGGGCGGGCUCGGCUUCCGGGCUCCAACAUGAGACACAAGAGCUGGCGUCGAAACGGGUUGACAUCCAAAACAAACGCUUCUAUUUGGACGUAAAGCAGAACGCAAAAGGCCGCUUCUUAAAGAUAGCAGAAGUCGGGGCCGGUGGAAACAAGAGCCGCCUCACUCUCUCUAUGUCUGUGGCAGUCGAGUUCCGUGACUAUUUGGGGGACUUUAUCGAACAUUAUGCCCAGCUGGGACCAAGCAACCCGGGGAUGGUGCAAGACGAGCCCCGACGAGCGCUCAAGAGCGAGUUCUUGGUGCGGGAGAAUCGGAAAUACUACAUGGAUCUGAAAGAGAACCAGAGGGGACGGUUUCUGAGGAUCCGACAGACCGUAAACCGGGGGCCUGGCUUGGGAUCCACGCAGGGCCAGACCAUUGCAUUGCCUGCACAGGGACUUAUUGAGUUUCGUGACGCUUUGGCUAAACUUAUUGACGAUUAUGGCGUGGAGGACGAGCCUGCGGAGUUGCCUGAAGGGUCAUCAUUGACUGUGGACAACAAACGUUUUUUCUUCGACGUCGGAUCCAAUAAGUAUGGAGUGUUCAUGAGGGUCAGCGAGGUGAAGCCCACGUACCGCAACUCAAUCACAGUGCCCUAUAAAGUGUGGUCCAAAUUUGGGAAUACAUUCUGUAAAUACGCUGAAGAGAUGAAGAAGAUUCAGGAGAAACAGAGGGAGAAAAGGGCAUGUGAGCUCCAGCAACAAGAAGAGAUGCAGGCCGAUGAUGGAGAUGACGAUUGAUAUAAGUAAAACAUUCAAGAGUAAACAAAAUAAGCAGAGAAAUAUAAUUAAAACUAUUGUAUAACGAAAGAAAUCUAAAGAUUUAACUUUAAUGGUUUAACUCCAAGGGAGCAUCACCCAAAAUAUCAGAAACCUCCACGACCUGACAGUUAUGACAUGUCACUCAUCGCUGGAUGUUACUCCACUUAUCCACCAUUAAUACAGUAACAGGCUGCUAAACAAAGUAAUAACGUUAUAUUUGAACAUUGUUUCCUACUUGACAAACAAUAUUGAACUGAGUGUUAAUUUCCCUUAACAGAAAACUUUUGUACCAGUUGAAGCUAUUGUAAAAAAAGUGUUUGCAAUGUUCAAAUGGAAUUAUUGAGUUCUGAGGAAAAUGUUUCCUUUCCAUGUGAGCUAAAGACUUCAGCACAAAUCAGAUAAAUAUAUUAAUUUUUAAACCAAAAUUCUCAAAUCUUUGUAAAGGGUUGUCACGUGUAUUUGCCAUUUUACCUUUACCUGUGAGUAGAGAUGUGUUUACACAUGAAUCAAAAGAGGGCUAGGCCUGCAUUGGAACCUGGUAACAGAACAUAUAGGCAUUUUCAUCAAAUGAAUAAGUGCUCUAUCUGUUGUGCAAUAUGCAUUGCAUACAAAAUCAAGUAUAUUGAACUGUUGAAUGGGUCUCGACAUUACAUUUUCCAGAGGCAUUCAAAGAUAUAUUAAUAUUGUAACUUUUGUUUCCGUUGAAAUUGUUGCCAUGCAGAUGGAUAUAUUAUAGACUACCUUUGUGUCUCGUGAUGCAAUGUGUUCAUUAUACAGGUACUUAAUGUGUGUUACGAUAGAUGAAAUGCAGUGAGAACAUGUAGCAAAUGGCCUGAAUAGGAGACAACUUUAAAGAAUCGCUCUACACCUGCUAUGUAACGGGCUUCACCGGCAGAGUUAAGCAGAUCAUGAUGAAAAAGUAUCUGAAUCAGAGUGCUUUUGUAAACAUGUUAAAUCGUAUAUCAAGUCUAAACGGUGCCAAGGAGUGCUAUUGCUGCAUGUUAAUCUGCACUAAGUUAUAGAUUUCGUUGGUCUCCCAAAAUAUUGGCUCAAGGACCCUUCCAUAUGUAUCUUUAUCAGCAGAUAUUGUAUGAAUCUCAAGUUUGAGUACCGAGUCAUCACCAUCCAAAGGCUUGGUGUUGUAAUAGUGGAAGUUGUUUCAAAGUGUGCUGGUAUAAAAGUGGUUUUCAAAUUCAAUUCAAAUUGUACUUUCACACUGUGGGUAGGGCCAUCUUAUAGUUGGAAAUUACAGUGCAGCACAGUUCUCUGUUUAAAGUUUAAACUUGUGCAUUUAUUAGCAGAGGUGCCCGUCCAUUUAACAUCAGCAAGUGUGAAGUUCAGUGGAGCUACUUUGAUGCACAUACAUAGCACUUAGAAUUAUGAGCCCAAAUAUCAUGCAGGCAAUGAGAUUCAGUUUAGGUCGAAUUGUAAAUAUUUGGGCUGCCACACGGAAAGCAACUGGUUGUAUUCCAGUUCAGUCGCAUCUCAUAGAUGUGUGAUAGCAGUUUUAUAAACUCUGUCAGUAAAUUCCAGAGAUACUGGCCACAAUCAGAAUAUGUCAGAUGUACCUCAGCAUUGAACUCAAUGACUGCUCCCAUGUUUAGAUUGACUGGAAACCAGCAAACUAGACUGUCCUUGGCCACCUAUUUUUGGAGCCACUGGUAUAGAUAAGCGAUACCUGGUCGGGAGCAUCCUCUUCAGCAUAUAAACAACGUGGUGCCUUACACACUCCGCAUGCUUACACGCUGGCCUGGUGCUUUGGAUUGCAGAUUUGCUUUUUAUGAUUGAUUUCUCUUUUUCAUGUCUGUGUCUCAGCCCCUUGUGUGCUAGUGCACGACUCGUGGUGCUAAAGAGUUUUUUUCAAACUCUUAAGAAACAACAGGAGUAGAAUUCUUUUUCUGCUUCUUCCUCUCUUCCUUCCUCCCUAUCCUUGUUGCCAUCCCCACUCCUCAGCCAUCCAGGUAUCGGCCUACAUGUAAACAUGGAAGGGGGUGGUCACCUAAUGCAAGAUGAUGCCGAAGAGUUGGCUCUUCACUGGCCAAGCACAUUUGGAGGGCCGGGGCUGACUGGGAACAGUGUGACAUGCUACAUGUUUAAGCCCCUUAACACGCCUGUUCUUUGGCUUGGCUAGUUCUAUGUAAGUUGUGAGUCGCUCAAUUAAUAGGGUGUAGCAAGCAUGUCUUGUUUUGUUUUUGUUUAUGUAGUUUUACCUUUUCAGCAUUAUUCCACUUUAUUUGUAAUUUUGGAAUGUUUUUGCCCACUAAAGAUAUAUCUAUUUUUUCUGUGCAACAUUUCAUCACUGUGUGCAAUAUCGUAUGUGCCAAUGGUGGCAAUAUAUGUAUAUCAAUUAAAUAUAUGAUUACUAUUUGAAAGCAUGUGGCUGAAUUCCAUGUUUAUUUCUUAUGAAGGACUUGUAUGCCUUUUUGCACUUAAAGCUCUCUGUAGGAGGAAAAUGUUGGUGAAACCAAGGUCUUAGCAGCCAAUUGAGUCAAGCAGUUCACAAAAAGUACUUUAACUUGAAAUGGAACAAUGUCACUGCAAGUAUCCUUUUUUCAAAGGAGUGAACUUUGUUUUGCUUCGUGCUGUGGAAAGUAGUUAUAUCUGGAGUUUUUUACACAGAAAACUCCCUAAAAUCUAUAGAUCUCCAUUUUAGCUUUAUGCUAAGAAAAGGUGCUUCUGUCCUAUUCCCAUUAAGGUGUGGUGAACUGUCUUCAGUGGUUGUUGUGUGUAGCACUUUUUCCCCAGGUUAAUAAAUUGCUUGACCUAUACUUGUUCAACAUGAUCUAAACAAAGAAUGUCAUUCUCUCUUAUGUUGCCUCUUUUCCAAGAGGGUCUUUGAUUUCCUCAUUUGGUUUUGAAUGCAUUAAAUAUAAUUUAUGUACAUCUACAAAUUUUAAAAUAAAUUUAAUUCACCCAUGGGGGUAAA